AUGAAUUACUCUCAAUUAAAUUAUGACCAACAAUCAAUGGAAAACUCAUUUAAUAAUCUAUCAUUCCAGAAACAUCAUAAAUCGUAUGGAGAUAAAGAGGAUAUGAAUGUGCCAAUUUUUAACCAAGAUUCAUAUAGGACCAAUGUUGGAUCUCAAAAAUUUAAUUACUAUAAUGGCAACAAGGAAUCCUUUAGUAAUAAGAAUAAUCAAAAUUUCAUAUGGCGAGAUGAAACCAACAAUCAACAACGAAAUGAUUUCAGUUAUGAUACUAAAGAGAAUAUUGGUGAUAAAAUGUACCAUGACGAUGAAAAAAUCGGAGCCGAUGAAAAUUUAGAGCUCAUGUUACAUAUCAAAGAUGCACAAAUUGAAUCAUUAGAUAAUGAAAUAAGGAAAAUUAAAAAUAUCCUUAAUGAGGAAGUUAACAAGGAACAACUUAUCCCCCAAUCUAACACUUCCGAACAGUCUUUAGAAAUCCCACAAUCCUUAUUGCAUAUAUUUAAAAGACUAUCAACAGCAUUACAGGAGACCGAAUUUGAACUGGAAGAAACAAAUAAAGUUCUUGAGAGUUUAUUAACUGCAAUUGCAUUAGAACCAAGUAAUACCUCUACAAAAUUUGGAAGGUAUGAUGUUGAAUCUUUGGCGCAUAAAAUGAUAGUAAGGAUUGAAACUUUAACCUCUGAAAACCAAGAAAUGACAAAAAUGAUUGCAUAUGGUAGAUCAAAGGAAAAACAGAUUGAAUUGGAAUUACUUAAAUCUGAAAAUAGGAAUCUUAAAGAACAAUUAUUACAAUUACAAGACAGGGAAUCAAAGCAACCAUCACAGGAUUACCGUAAUCAAGUAGAAAACCAAGCAAAGAGCAUUAAACUUAAAAGAACAUAA